AGCUUUUUUUGAUGAUUUAAAUGCAUUAGCAUUUGUACUUUGUCCUAUUAAGCUAGCUAUAUCUACUCUUGAAUCACAAGAUUGUUUACUAGCUGAUUGCUUUAUUGGUCUAGUUCGUCUGGGUGCAGCAAUUAAAAAACUUCCAGAAAAUGAUCAUCGCAAUUUUCGCCAACAAGCAAUUGCAAUUUUUAAUAAAAGGUUUAUUGAAUUUGACGAUGAUUCAUAUAUUUUAUAUGUAUGGGCAAAAGGAACUUUUCGGCGUAUUCUUUUUGCAGCAGAUGCCAUUUAUGAAAAAAUGGGUAAAAAGUCAAAAGAAAGAACAAUGCUAAUGUCUCAAAUGAAAAGUUAUCGAACUCGUGUUUCACUAUUUGAUGAAUCAUUUGAUGAUAAUGAAUCUCCUUUAAUCUGGUGGUCUUCACUUGAGGAUAAUUUUUUAAAAAAUGAAGAUCAUAUUUCUGGAUGUGAGAGAAUUUGGUCAACUUUAGGGUGGUAUUAUGGCAAACAUUGUACACGUCUUUCUUUGGACAAAAUUGAAAACAUGCAAAAACUUUUUGCUUUUUAUUAUGCAAAUUCAAAAAAUAAAUUGCCUUAUUAUUCUUCUAAUAUUAAAGAUUUACAUGAAGCAUUAUCUGAUAUGAACUUUUUUGAAAAUGAUGAUUAUGACGAAGAAUCUAUUGAUGAAGAAAGAUUUAUGAAUGAAAGGUCCACUAACGAUGAAGAUAAUUCUAUCUUACUGAAAGAAGAAAUACUUAAAAUUGAAGAAUUAGUGAAUCUCGAUUCAACUAGUUUUACAGAUAGUUUAGACGAAAUAAUUGUUGAUACUAAUUUUGAAUUUCCUGAAGAGAAAAAUAUUGUUCAGAAUAAUGAUACUGAGAAUGGUGAUGAGGAAGAGAAAGAUUGA